AUGUGGUCCCCCAUCUUACUAUGUCUGCCACUAUGUCUAGUCGGCUUCUUCUGCCGCUCAGUCCAGGCAAUCAAGUUGAAUAUUGAUGACACAGACAACACCAAACAGGUCGCAAGCAAGUUAGCCUGGGACCUAGUCAGCUUUUACACAGGCAACAACACCGGCGAUGUCCCCGGUAAUCUCCCCUCCCCGUACUACUGGUGGGAAGCCGGCGCCUUCUUCGGCACGCUGGUCAACUACUGGUCUUACACAGGCGACACCGCCUACAACAACAUCAUCACCCAAGCCCUACUCCACCAAGCCGGCUCCGAAGGCGAUUUCAUGCCGACCAAUCAAACCCGCACCGAAGGCAACGACGAUCAGGCCUUCUGUGCCUUCACGGCGAUGCGCGCCGCCGAGAGUAACUUCACCAACCCGCCCGACGAUAAGCCGUCAUGGCUCGCCAUGGUCCAGGCUGUAUUCAACCAGCAGGCAGCGCGGUGGAAUAACGAGCAAUGUGGCGGGGGCCUGAAGUGGCAGAUCUAUUCGUUUAACGGCGGGUACAACUACCGCAACGCCAUCUCCAACGGCUGCUUCUUCAACAUGGCGGCGCGUCUGGCGCGAUACACCAACAACGAGACCUACGCCGAGUGGGCGGAGAAGGCGUGGGACUGGUCGCGGGGAGUGGGACUUGUCGGGCCAGAAUACCAUGUGUUUGACGGGACGAGCGAUACGAACAACUGCAGCGAUCUGAACCACAUCGAGUGGACGUACAAUAACGGCGUGUUUUUGCACGGGGCGGCGCAUAUGUGGAACUACACAAACGGAGGCCUCCGGUGGAAGGCACGCAUCGAGGGGCUUCUGAAAGGGCAACAGGUCUUCCUCUCCACCAACGACUCCUCCAGGAACGUGCUAUACGAGUCCGCCUGCGAGCUAGCCGGCACCUGUCAAACCGACCAAUUCUCCUUCAAGGCCUACCUGGCGCGGUGGAUGGGAGAUACGGCCAAGCUGGCUCCGUUUACGUACGACAGUAUUAUGACCCGUCUCCGCCCGUCCGCCGAGGCAGCCGCUGCACAAUGCGUGGGUGGGAAGACCGGAAGCUACUGCGGUAUGCAGUGGACCACGGGCACUUACGACGGCACCACCGGGGUCGGGCAGCAGAUGUCCGCUCUAGAGGUGAUCCUCGCCAAUUUGCUUGAGACGACCCGUGGUCCGCUCACGGGCGAGACGGGAGGUACUAGCAAGGGGAAUAGCGGUGCGGGGACGGGAAAGGAUGCAGACGCGAAAGGAAAACCGAAAGCCAUUACCACUGCCGAUCGCGCUGGAGCGGCCAUUCUGACGGGACUUUCAGCUCUAGGGAUACUGGGAGUCACCUAUAUUAUGAUAUCUUGA